AUGACUACUAAUGAUGCAACUCGAUUUUUUGAUACAUCAGGUUGUUUAAAUUUAUCUCGACCAACAAGUGGUAUACGUAUUGCAUCAGCUAAACAACAUAAACAAAUUGUUACAUCUUCAAUACCAAUACGAGGUCAAAUUAAAAUUGAUUUAUAUAAUUUUGAUCAUAUUGAUUAUGCUAAUUCAAAAUAUGUUUUAACAAGUCCACGUUCACUUGAAGCAUGUGCUCGUCUUAAUAUUAAACCUACAACAUUACUUCCAAAAAAAUUAAUUGAUAUAUCAUCUGAUCAAGU